AUGAAGACUGUUCUCUCCGCGCUCGUGGCGGCCACCAUGGCUCGCAUCACUUCUGCAUCCCCAGUUGAUUCUGGCCUCGUUGCUCGGGAUGACAGUGUGAUCCCCUACCCCAUCGGCCUUUUGGGCUGGGAGGGACCCCUUACCCCUGGAGGUCCUGAUGUUUACUACGAGGGCGCCGACAUCGAGGCCAUCAACGCCCAGAUCCUCGCCGAUACCCCCGAGGCCUCCAUCUUUGUCAACAUCACCGAAUCCGGUGUUGAACAGAGAGAUGCGCACGACAGAAGCCCUCUCAAAGCUCGCCAGGCUUAUUCUCAAACCUGCGGAGCUGGCCGCUGGGGUCUCUUGUCCCAGAUUGAUAUCCAAACUGGCAUCAACCACUUAUACAACGUCGGUCGCUGCAUCGUGCAGGCGCGUCAAUGCAUCCGGACUACCUGCAACCAGGAUUCGGCCAUUGCGUGGUGCAACGACAACACGUACGCCAUCAACGUCCCCUGCCGUACCGUCGCCGACUUUGCUUCCCUUGCUAUGUGGGAAUGCGUCAACUGGCGGGAGAUUCCCUUCCCGAAUCUUGCCUCUACUCAGCGUUUUCACGAGGCUGAGCGCUGGAAUAUUAUUCUGUCGGAGUGCGGCUUCUUUAGCCCCGGUGGCCAGCCAGUUUAA